GAAAAGCCAGAGGGUACAGCGGUCAGUGUCGUCCUGGCCAUCUUAGUAGUGGGGUUGACAGCCUGUGGCCUGCAGCGGCGUCGUUCCUAUGAUUAUGGCGGCAAUCCGACAGCAGAUGAACUGACCGCGAUGGUAGAUGCAAAGGCAGUCCUGAAUUGGGCAGGAUACGCAGUCGAUGAUCUCGCAGAGACAACUGUGCCUGGCUCAUCUCUGAAACAUUUAGGUCUGCAGCCGACCAGUCUGCCAAGGGUUGUAGGCAUGUUCUCAGAGGAUGACUUGGAAGCUACGUUGACCACUUGGACUGUGCCAGUAGCAGGUGGACCAGCCAGAGCACCAACUAUGGCAGAAUCUGAGAUGGCAAAGCUGUUCUUUAGACUCUGUCAACUUGUGGCAGGGGCAGGCUUGAGGUUGCAGGAACUGAAGGCAGUGGCAAAAGCUGCACCCGCAGUGGCAGCUCCACCAACGGUGCAAAGCUCUUCUGCACAAGGGCAAAGGAUCAAGCUUUGCUCAGUGAUCAGCCAGGUGGAUAACUCGGAGAGAUCAUCAAAUACUAUGUCAAAUGCUAUGGUCGCUAUGAGACGGUCUUCGGAGCAGGCGAGAGGCGGAUGUGAGGUGUCGUCUGGAGCACAUGGAGAGAUUGAAGGGAAAGCUCAAGACGCAGCAGGCGGCACCAUUGACUAUGACGAGAACAGACCUUGGAAUUCAGUCUGGGCGCAGGCUGUGUCAGACGAAGCCUUUUGGAGAGAAGAGGUGAAUGAGCCAAGACCACCCCUCCUGGAGAAGUUGUUGAAGGAUACAAUGGUGGUCAAUGCCCCAACAGCACUCAAGGGAUCUGGCACACACAGCAGUGGGACACAGCGCAUCAGUGUGACAGAUGUCUCCGGGCGCAUCCGAGCUCCAGGAUUUCUGAGAGCAGGUGAAGAGGAGCUUUGGGAGCUACGACGGUAUGGCUUGAAAGGUCUUUCACCUGAUGACAAGAAGAAGGUGACGGAAGGCACAUUGUUGGCGACAAGAGCGGCCGACGCUGCGGAGAAUUUCCACGUCAACGAUGGAUGGUGGAUCUUAGAGCAACUUCACGAGCGUGAGGGACAGACCUCAAUGUGGAAGUUGGAUGAACUUCGCCUCAACAAAGCACUGGCGAACGCCCUCUACAGGAGGAGGGGAAAGAAGAGAGUAUGCCAGAGUCUUGUGAAGUGGGCCCUGUUGACGUUGCACAAUACCAAACAUGCAUACGUGGAAGGCUGCAGCAGUACUGGUCUGCUUUUAGUUGAAGAUCCAGGAGAGCGUUGUGCCAAGUGGACCUUCGAAGGAUCGCCAGCAGGACUCGAGAAGGAUACAUCAGACAUCGAUGGCCUGUUCCAGCAGGUUGAACCAGAUGACGCUGGACUUCAGCCAGGGCAGAGCUUGGUCACUGACUAUGAUAACUACUCUGUUGUGGAGGAGGAUGAAGAGGCCUUUGCAACGCUGGAAGGCUAUCAGCACAAGGGCUUCCUCACCAAGGUUGACACAUUGGAUGAGGUCGUCGCGGAAGUGCCAGCUUCAAAGGUGGCAGAACUUGACAAGCGUCUGGAAGAAACCACGCAGUCAAACGUGGUCAGCAAGAAGUCGCUUCGCACACUGAUUGGCAAAGCGAUGGCCAUUGCUUCAAUGCUUUUCGUCUGGAGGCCGUUCAUCAGCGAGCUCUACGUGGCUUUGCAAGCUGAGCAACCCAUGCGCCAAAUGGGUGAAUUUGGACGAAGCAAAUUGCACACACUGUGCAAUGGCUGCGAGCCUUCCUUGCUGGAGAGAAAGCUGGCAUCAUCAGCCUUGGCGCGCAAAUUGGCAGUCAUCCAGGGCACACUGUAUGCACAGGUCAAAGGCAAGUCAGCUGCCGGGAAUUUGCCCUGGACCUUGGACGUGCCCAACACCGUCCAACAGUGGUGGAACAUCUGCCUGGUGUUGCAAACGCCAUCUGCAACGUGCUUUCGAGUCGGUAUCAGCCUGGAGUGCUAUUCAAGCUACGUGAAACCCGCGUACCGUCUGUACCUGCGGGUGAGCCUUUUGCUUCCCAGUCUGGUCCUCACAGGACACCUGGUCACCCAGUUGCACAGGCCCACCGCUGAUGCCAUCAGCAGGCCCCCAUGCACAGCAGCCCAAGCACCACGGCUGAUGCCAGCAGGCCCACCGCUGAUGCCAGCAGGGCAAGGUCCGAUUAACCCUUGCGCCUUGAUAGUCACGGCCACUCUGUUUAUGCUUCGAGAAGUGGAGGCGUCAUCACUGGAAGUGGCUGACUUGACCUUCACAAGUACGGUGUACACCAAACAGAGUGUGGUCGACACCAUUCCUGCGGCCAUCGACCUGUCUGGAGGGUCAGCCAAGGAUGCAUCGGGUGGGGAAGCGCUGCGGUCCCCACAUACCUUGGAAUCCUUCCAUCACAGGCUGGGAUCAGCACCGGAAGUGGAACAGGUCAAGACGCAGAUAGAAGACACCGAGCACAAGUUUGAAGGCAUCGAUGCCACUCUGG